CGAGAAGAUCGCCGGGUCGCCGACGCCGGCACCGGCGCCGCACCCGCCAUGGCCGUCAUCUGCUGCCAGUUCGUGGCUGCCAUGGUGGUCCUCGACACGUGGCAGUACGGGUGGCACCGCCUGAUGCACAGCAGCGGCCUGCUGUACCGCCACGUCCACUCGUGGCACCACAGGCUGGUGGCGCCGUACGCCUACGCCGCCCAGUACAACCACCCGCUGGAGGGCCUCGUACUGGACACGGCCGGCGGCGCGCUGGCGCUGGCCGUGACGGGGAUGGCGCCCCUGACGGCUGCCGCCUUCUUCUCGUUCGCGACUCUCAAGGCCGUCGACGACCACUCCGGCGUGCUUGUCCCGGGCAACCCGCUGCAUCUCCUGUUCCGCAACAACACGGCCUACCACGACGUCCACCACCAGGUCCGUGGUGGCCGCUGCAACUACGCGCAGCUGUUCUUUGUGGCGUGGGACAAGCUGAUGGGCACGUACGUCCCUUACGAGGUCGUCAGAGCUCGGCACGGCGGACUGGAGGCCGUGCCGUUGAAGAAGAAGAAGAAGGCCUGACGGACGGUGCCAGGACAUGAUCUUCGUCAGGUCGCUGGAGCGUGAGUCAACCACAACACUAGGCAGGCACCUUUUCAGUUGCAAGGAUCAUGUCAUUAUGUCAAGUCCGUCAACGUCCGUGUGAUAGUAGUAGUAAGUGCUCGUGAAUCGUGACCCGGACCGGUUUGUAACAACGAUUACUUUUGUCUGUCUCUCAGGAGUACUCCAGUUGUGAUGUGGUGCCUGGCGUCGAUCCCGACCGUGUGUAGUACUAAAUUAUGGCAGCCAAUUAGUGUUUAUUAUUGUCUAAAAAUAUUUGCAAAUGAUAAAUCCCGAACGACCGGAUUUGCCAUGACAAAUCGAACGUUUUUUAUGACAACUUU